UUCCAGCUAGCAAUAAUACAAGAGACAAUGGCAGAUUCACCGACCAGAUCUAAUGCAGUUUCACCUAACUCAGAGGUUUCUGGAAAAAAAUCUAGACAAGAUGGGUCCAGGCAAUCAGGAAGAGUUACAUUCCCAAAUUCGGCCAAAUCUGUAUCUACUGUGUUGUCAGAUGAACUUGUUCCUCAAGGAAAUCCAUUCAAAAUGCCUGCAGACAGUGAUAUUUUUGUUCUCAGAGACAAAGAAAGACAGAGGAAAAAGAUGGAAAGGGAAAAACAACGUAAACUGAGAGUUCAUGAGAAAACAACGUAUGCAUCAAAAGUGAAUUUUCGCACAGCAUCAAUGAUCAAACCAGUGGAUUCAGAUGAAGAAAAGGAAAUGGAGGAUUCAGAUAAAGCCAUUGCAGUAAAAGAUGACCCAGAACACACUAUUGCUGUCACUAGAGACCGACAUGUAGAAAAGGAAUCUCUAGCAGAAUACAUAGCCAAAAAGAGGGAGAUGUUUCUAGUCCAAUACUCUCUGGGAGUGAAGAGAAAUGAGAUGAGUAAACUGGAGGAAAUCUCACAGGCAGAGGAGAAAAAGCUGGACUUGGCCGAGUUAUACCUACAGGAGGACGCUGCCAUGUUUGACGAAUUCCUCAAAGAGAAUGACCAUGGGUCAAAUGAAGCUGUCCGAGAGGCUGAGAAUGAAACAAAAGCUAAACUUGAAAAAGUGGCAGAGAUAAAGAAAGUAAAUGCAGCAAUGAUGGCCAUCAAAUCCGAGAUUUCUAAAUAUGAAGACACAUUAAAAGAAUAUCAAAUGUACAGAAAAUUCCUGGACAAUCUUACACCUCAGGAGUGGCGUGACAAAAAAGAGAAGCAGAAAAAGAAGAGACGAGAGGAGAGGAAGAAAGCAAAAGAACAAGAGAUGAUUGCUUACAAAAAGAGUCUUCUAGAAUCAGAUCCAAAAGAUUUCAAGGGCAAAAAGAAAGCGAUGCCAAAACCCCCUCCCCCACCUGUCUCAAAACCCCCAGCCAAAAAACCAGAGGAGGUAGAUGAAGAAGAAGACGAGGAAAGUGAUGAGGAUUUGGAAUUGUUUUUCACACAUCCACAAGAACUGCUAGACAUUUUCGCAGAUUUGGAAGAACAGAAUUUAUCGCUGAUUCAGAACAGUCAAGAAACUGAGGAGGCAUUAGAAGAAAUGAAACAGACCAUAAAACAGACAAAAGUUAAAAUGGAAAAAGAAACUUCAAUAUUAAAAGAACAAAUAGACAAAUUAAAUUCACAGAUAUCGCGAGAAGAGUCCAAGGCAGCAGAUUUAAAGAUCAAAGCUAGAUUAUUUUCCUAUGGUGAAUUCAAAGCAGAGGACCAACAGAAGAUGUUAGAUUCUCUGAACUCUCGGGUGGAGGAAGUGUAUCGGUCAUGCAUUGGUGACAAUGAGGCAAACAUUAGCACAUUACAGAUGUUAACUAAUAUAGAAAACAGGUUAGAAGAAUUAUUUGAAAUGAUAGAAACAAUGCCACAAGAUAAAGUAGAAGCGGCCGAAAAGGCUAAAGAUAAAGAGAGGAGGUUAAAACUCCGGGAGGAAAAGAUAGAACAGCAAAGGUUACACCAGGAGGAGAGAGUACGCAAAGCACUGGAACGAGCAAAAGCAGAGCCAAAGAAACAGACGGGCCGAAAACUUGUGUUCCGAUCAGAGCCCCCGCGACACAAGAAACGGGAGGAUGAUGGGGCGGAUCAAGCAUCUAGAGAGGAGGAAGAGCUAGCUUAUUUCUUCCAAUACUAAGAGAAAACUUUAUCUUGGUCAUGCAGAUUUGAUAGAAAUCUCUACCUUGCCGUAUUGGUGACAGCAUUUCAUGAGAACGUGAACAAAUUGUCAGGGUAUUCAAUCACUGAACAUGCUUUGGAAUCAAUCAAAAGCACUGACAACUUAUACAAUGUAACAAUAAAACAAUAUCAUCUAUGGAA